ACCCGAGGAGUGUGUUUAUGGAAGACUUAAUGGAAGCUAUCAGUGUUUUCCACUUCACUUUGUGUCUUUAUAGAUUAUAUCUGCUGAGCUGGUGGUGCUAUUACUUCACUAUUGAUUAGAUUAGGAAGCCUGGGAAGGACAUACACACACCCAACCACGCACACACACACUCACACUCACACACACAGUCAUAAAUGUAUGUGUCUGUAAGAACAAACCCCCUGUUGUGCAUGCAGAUACGCACACAGAAGCUCACCAACAUGCACAUAAAGAGCAAGUUGUCCUCCAAAAUCUGAUGAAAUCCUAAAAACAGGGGGAGAAGGGAAAUAUCUCCUUCACCACUAUCUAUCCAUCCCUGUGAUAAGUGCAAAGGAGGACAGAUAAGUAAUGUGCAAUAAGAUGAGAAGUCUCAGCUCCUCCCCUCGCCUUGUUCCUGGCCCAAUCACAUGGGAUUAUAGACCCUUUGUGCCAGGGAUCUCCCCUGUCAUGUCUGUAAGACUUAGAUGAAGCAGAGACCAGCAGAUAGAGGAAAAGAGAGACUUUAGCGUGAACUGGGAAAAGAAGAGAAGAGAGAAGAGAGGAGAAGAAGACCAAGUUGAAACAGGAAUGAAGUAUCCUUCUGCUCCUCAGAGUAAAUCUCUGUUGGAUAUGGAAGUAGCCAACUAUUAUGAAGGCCUGGAUCCCUCAUACAGCACACUGGGCUUUGAGAAUGCAGAGGUGCUCUAUGGAGGAGGAGACAGCAUGCCGACAGAGCCGAGCCUGCCCGGUCCAGACGGGGUCAGCAGUAACUGUGCCAUCUGUGGAGACAAAGCCACAGGGAAACACUAUGGCGCCUCCAGCUGUGAUGGCUGUAAAGGCUUCUUCAGACGCUCCAUACGCAAGAGCCAUGUCUACACCUGCAGGUUCAGCAGACAGUGCGUUGUGGAUAAAGAUAAGAGGAACCAGUGUCGUUUCUGCAGACUCAACAAAUGCUUCCGUGCUGGCAUGAAAAAAGAAGCUGUACAGAACGAGAGAGAUCGGAUCAGCUCCCGGAGAAGUAUCCCUGACUCCCAAGACUUACCACCCAUCACUAUUUUGGCCCAAGCAGAAUCACUGUCCCAACAGAUCACUGUUCCAGUUGGAAUAGCAGACAUAUCAGAGCAGAAGUCAGCCACUGUUGGGGAUGUUUGUGAUUCUAUGAGACAACAGUUAUUGGUGUUGGUUGAAUGGGCCAAAUAUAUUCCUGCCUUUGGAGAACUGCCACUGGAUGACCAGGUGAGCUUGCUCAGGGCUCAUGCAGGUGAACACCUCUUGCUUGGGGUCGCCAAAAGGUCAAUGCCAUUCAAGGACUUCCUGCUUUUAGGUAAUGGCUGUGUGAUCCACAGGAACAGUCCUGAGCCAGAGAUCUGUCGGGUAGCCAACCGAGUGCUGGAUGAACUGGUCCAGCCCUUUCAGGAUAUUCAAAUAGACAGCAAUGAGUAUGCAUCACUCAAAGCUAUUGUCUUCUUUGACCCAGAUGCAAAGUCUUUGCGGGACCCAUCGAAGAUCAAGUCCAUGCGUCUACAGGUCCAGAUGAGUCUGGAAGACUACAUUAAUGACCGUCAGUAUGACUCCAGGGGUCGUUUUGGAGAGCUGUUACUCCUGCUGCCCACCCUGCAGAGCAUCACCUGGCAGAUGAUUGAACAGCUCCAGUUGAUUAAGCUCUGUGGCCUGGCCAAGAUAGACAACCUGCUGCACGAGAUGCUGCUGGGAGGCCUUACGUCAGAGCCCACACACCUGCACCACCCAGCACACACUCAGCUGUCCCAGGACCCUUUGACUGGACACACACUGGUCAUCAGCACCAUGCCUGUCGCUCACACUCCACUUAUAGCCUCUCCAGACACUCCCAUUCCAUCGCCCCCUCAGGGUCCGGCCUCAGAGAAGUACAAACACUUUCCCCAGCCUCUUUGUCCUUCAGCCAGCCCCUCGCCUACUACACAGACAGAUCUCUGACUUCCAUGCACUCUGCCAAAGAAGCUGACAUGGGAUCAGUGUCCUUGUCCCCUACUCAUCAUCCCAGCCAUGGUAUAAAAAUUAUGAAAGCAAUCCCUGUUCAGUGUCUGUGGUUAGACUUGAUCCUGCUUCUUCCCCAUGUGACUCCUGGUGGUGUUGCAAUAAUUAAAACAUAAUUAAAGCUACUUCAUGCAGCACUUUCAAACUUCAAUAUGUCAUUUUCAAACUCAGUGGACAAAUGAAACAUCAAACUAGCAAAACAUGCUGUGCAUUUUUGUGGACACCUAAAAGUAAUAUACUGGUUUACUCAGUAUCUCGGUUUUAACACUUUUCAUGUCAAUAAAGCACAAGCUUGAUGACAUGGUGGCAAUUCAAAUGUAAAACAAGAUAUCAGUCUGUUAAAAAAAUGAUCCCAUCCAACAUUCGCAUUGUUUGAAUUGUAGAUUUUAUUGACUGUCUUGCUUGAUUGGGCAUAGAUGUACAGAAAAUGCCUUUGGUCCUUAUUGGUCUAUCACUUGUACAUAUCAAAUGUGUAAAUGUGCGAAAUACCAUCUAAUCAUAAAUUGCAGAAACAACAGCAAUGGAAAAACUAAUGGCUUACUGUCACAGUAAUAUCAAAUAUACAUUCAAUACUGUAUGUAUUGUUUAUACAGUAUGCAUCAGUAGGACCUAUUACACCUGUAAACUGGUCUAAGGUCAGAUAUCGUGUUCUAAAGAAUUUCAGAAACAUUGUUGCUGAUUUUCAUGAUUUAGAUUCGUUUUACUUAAAAACCCAUGGAGUGUACAGAGGAAAUAACUACUGUAACAGUUUGGUUUGUGAAAAAAAUAGUUUCAGUGGUUUGUAUUUAAUACUGAGCCAUGAGUACAUAUAACUUCCAUAUAGAUAUUCUUAAUAUGCAUGUAUUCAGCAGCUAAAACAUAAUAUAAUUAGGAUUCUGAAUCAGAAUUCUGAUUCUGAUUCUGAUUAAUGGGUACAAUAGUCUGUGGCCAAGAUCAACAUGAUAAUAAUAAUAAUAUCAUUUAUAAAUAGUUUGUAAAGACCUCAUGUUAAAUGCAAAACGGAACUAAGUUGAACUAACUUACUGUAUAUAGUCAAAUGGAUUAUAGCAAAUAUUUGGAUCAUCAAUUUUAAAUUGUCUUGCUUUAUUUUUGAUUUCAGGAAUGUAUUUUUAUUUUGGUUUGUGUUGAUAAUGUGUACAUAUCUUAAUUUAUAGAGUAUAUUGAUUAAAAUGGGAUUUUCAAUA